UAUGUCAGUUUCUGUUUGUUUGGCAGACAGCGCGUGUGUCAUAACUUAGAAUGCGGUUAGACGUGACCGACUCGCUAAUUAUGUUCCUAAGUUUCUAGUGAAUUGUUCAUCUUUAAAUUCAUUUAAAUACUAUGGUUAAGGACAGGUUGAAAGAAUUCCAAACGAUAGUCGAAGAUGUGUUUCCAAGUAAUAUUAACCGAAUGGAUCCUCGACAUCAUAUAGCAGGAGUAGAUAAUGUAGCCUUGGAUAUCCAAGAUGCAGAAUUUGGUUAUAUGGAACGUUUCUUUAAUCAGAUCGAACGUUGUCGUUCCCAGAUAAAGCAAAUAAAAGAACACGUGGUGUUAAUGAGAAUACUUCAUGGAAAAUUGUUACUCUUACCAAGAUACGACGAAAGUUUAAAGCAUGAAAUAGACAUAAAGACUUCAUAUGUAAAAAAAAUGGGGAAACAAGUUUGUACAUCAUUAAAAGGGUUGGAGAAACAGAUUCGACAAGAAGAAGACGAGUUUUCCAACGACAGUGAACAAGCGAGUGCUGCAUUGAGAAUCCGAAAAACGCAACACACCACAACCGUUCAUAUGCUGGUUGAAGCAUUAGCCGAGUUCAAUGCUGAACAAGUCGACUAUAAAGAAAAAUGCCAAGAACGCAUGCAAAAAAUGAUAUCCAUAGCAAGAGCUGAAAUAUCCAGCCAACAAUUCGAAGAACUCGUAAGCCAGGGAAACUUUUCUGCUGUUUUCAAUGGGAACAUUAUUGCUGAAACAUUAGAAGCUAGGAGAACCCUACAAGAAGUUCAAGACAGACACUUAGAACUUCUAAAACUAGAAAAGAGCAUUCAGGAGUUGAGAGACAUGUUUGUUGAAAUGGCGUUACUAGUUGAGAAGCAAGGUGAUAUAAUUGACAGCAUCGAACAACAUGUUUUGAGGGCUGGAGAAGCUGCAGAAUCAUCUAAAAUCGAGACUAGGAAAGCAGUUCUCUAUCAGAGCAAGAGCAGAAUGAAAAAAAUAAUUUUCAUGGGAAUUUGCUUAAGUGUGUUGAUAUGUCUGGUUAUCUGGACCAUAAUUAGUUUUACUAAAGAUGGAAAUACAACUAAAAAUUGAAUUCACAUGACGAAUUUGUUUUUUAAUUCGUACUAAUUUUAAAAUUUCUGUGAUAUUUGUGUAACUUUUAUUACAUUGACUUGAUUAUUAUACUUAAUAUGUAAUUUAAUUCAAUUUUUAAGUACAAAUUUGGCUUAUUCAAUAAUCUAUAAAUAAAUAAAAAAUAAUUAGUC